AUUUCAUCUUCUUCGCCGUUCCCAACCUCUCAACAACAAAAUAAAUAGUAAGUCUUAGCAAUCAUUUCCUCAAUAAAUCACUGAAUUAUUCUCAUUAUUAAUUAAUUGAAACCAACCUUUUCAGUUUUCACAAUUAUUUAGAAAAAAAAUUCUUUAAUUUCGUCAUCCUUCUUAAAUACUUCUAAAAAUUUAUCUCUUUUCUUUGUUUGUUCUAGUAAGAACCGGCUUCCAUGGCCUCCCUUUCUUAGAUUCCAAAAACACCCAUUUUGUUUGACUCAAUUCCCUAUUCUGGGUACCUUUUAUUUUCCUUGAAAGAUCAAAACUUUACGGUCAAUUUAGGAUUUUUUUUUAUAAAUUUUUUUGUUGUUUUUGAAUGAUCAUGGCUCUAACGGGUGAUUCCAAGGGCCGGUUACUGAGUCAACUAGCUGAAUUAGUGAAGGAGAUAGCUGGGUUACCGGAGUGUAAAAACUCGUGUAAGAAAAUGCAUGGGAAUUUGGUACGUAGAAUCAAGUUAUUGAGUCCUUUGUUAGAAGAAUUGAGAGACGGAAAUGAAGAGAUAAUGAUAAAAAUUGAAGAGAUUAAUGGGUUUGAGCUACUGAGGGUUGCUUUGGAUUCUGCUAAAGAGCUUCUUCAAUCGGUUAAUGAAGGAAGCAAGUUGUAUCAGGCUUUGCAAAAGGACCUGAUAGCAGAUAAGUUCCUGCAAAUGACAGAAACCAUUGAAGCCGCAUUGAAUGAGAUUCCUUAUGGUGAACUCGAUCUAUCAGAGGAAGUUCAAGAGCAGAUUGAACUUGUUCAUACACAAUUCAGAAGAGCAAAAGGAAGACCAGACUCACCGGAUUUGCAACUAGAGCAGGAUUUAGCUGUAGCACAGAAAGAAAAAGAUCUCGACCCUGCAAUACUCAAAAGACUUACAGAUAAGCUGCAUCUAAGGACAAUCAAUGAUCUAACCAAAGAGUCACUCGCUCUCCAUGAACUGGUUAUUGCAAGUGGUGGAGAUCCAGGGGAGUGCUUUGAGAAGAUGUCAUCAGUUUUCAAGAAACUUAAGGAUUAUGUACUAAUGGAAAAUCCUGAAGCUGACACCUCUGAGGGUGAAAAGGGCUUGAUGAAACAUAGAUCACCUGUUAUCCCUGAUGAUUUUCGGUGCCCAAUAUCUCUUGAGUUGAUGAAAGACCCUGUAAUUGUCUCCACUGGACAGACGUAUGAAAGAUCUUGUAUUCAGAAAUGGCUGGAUGCAGGGCACAAGACCUGUCCCAAAACACAGCAGACACUAUUGCACACUGCCCUUACACCAAACUAUGUUUUAAAAAGUCUCAUAGCUUUGUGGUGUGAGAGCAAUGGCGUCGAGCUGCCUAAAAAUCAAGGUAGAAGCAAAAAACCAGGAAGCAGUGUAUCAGACUGUGAUCGUGCUGCUAUUGUUGCUUUACUAGAAAAACUGGCAAAUGGAAAUACAGAACAACAAAGAGCAGCUGCUGGUGAACUCCGGUUGUUGGCAAAAAGAAAUGCAGAUAAUAGGGUGUGUAUUGCUGAGGCAGGAGCCAUACCACUUCUUGUAGAGUUAUUGUCCGCCUCAGAUCCUCGAACCCAGGAGCAUGCAGUGACAGCUCUUCUCAACCUUUCCAUCAAUGACAGUAACAAGGGGACCAUCGUAAAUGCUGGAGCUAUACCUGAUAUAGUAGAUGUGUUGAAAAAUGGCAGCAUGGAGGCUAGAGAAAAUGCUGCUGCAACCCUUUUCAGUUUAUCUUUUAUAGAUGAGAACAAGGUAGCAAUAGGUGCAGCUGGAGCUAUUCCUGCCCUUAUAAAGCUGCUUUGUGAAGGGUCUCCACGAGGAAAGAAGGAUGCUUGUACUGCUAUUUUCAAUCUUUCAAUCUAUCAAGGAAACAAGGCAAGGGCUGUUAGGGCUGGUAUUGUGCCAACAUUGAUGAGACUACUGAAGGAUGCUGGAGGUGGGAUGGUGGAUGAAGCACUGGCAAUUCUGGCCAUUCUUGCAAGCCAUCAAGAAGGAAGGGUGGCAAUUGGUCAGGUUGAGCCAAUUCCUGUUUUAAUGGAGGUUAUACAGACUGGUUCUCCACGUAAUCGGGAGAAUGCUGCUGCCAUACUGUGGUCACUUUGCACAGGUGAUUUAGAGCAAUUAGAAAUAGCCAAGGAAUCUGGUGCAGAGGAGGCACUGAAGGAACUGUCUGAAAGUGGCACUGACAGAGCAAAGAGAAAAGCUGGAAGUAUCUUGGAACAACUCCAACGACUUGAAGAGAAGGAAAAUCCUGUCUCUUUGAGUUCUUUGUGAAAUUCAUGCCAAGUGUUUCAGACGGCCUUUUUACAUGAUAGAUAUGCGUGGGAAAUGUAAGAUUUUAUCAACAGAAUGUUCAAAUGAGCAGCGAACGGCUAUUUCUCAAUCGGCCUUGGCAUUGGGAGGACCCUCUUCUGCAGACCAUCACUUUUUCAGGAAAAUACCAUAUUUAAUACAAGGUAUUGUAAGAGAAUGCAACCUGACCUAUAUUGUUGGAUGAUACCAGCUGUUCAUAGUUUAUGGAGUUUGAUAAAGUUCAAGAGUUUUUCUGAGUAUGUAAAUUUUGAUUAGCUAAAUGGAGGUUAGAUACUGUCAUUUAUAUUGUGAUGAUAAUUUGCUCUGAGAGAAGCAGUUUUCACUUGCAAUUUUUAAUUGAUUGAUGUUA